AUGGUAAAAAAUGGCGCAUGGCUGGCUGGCCUAUCCGGCUUGUACCACGUUUCUGUACUAGGAAACAAUCUGCUCCCCCUCGAGGGGCAUUGCAUUGGCCCGGGGCUGGUGGUGGUGCAUGCAUCGGUGCAUCUCAUGUGUGGAACUUGUCGUGACGGUGCCGGCUGUCUUGUUUCUGAUUGUGCGGUGAGUGUGCCCGAUCGUGAUGGGCCCCAAGGUCAUUCGAUCCUCCUUCGGCCAAAGCUGACGUGCGCAGCGUAUAAAGCCCCCAUGCGCUGCCCUCCCUCUCUCGAAGCAGCAAAACAUCAGCAAGCCUAG